CAGUGGGCUACAAUUUAACAUUGUCUUCUAUGUUUAUAUCCUUCCGUCUAGGUAAAUUGUAAUAUAGCCCGGGUGUUGCGUUUAUUCUUCCAUAUCUUUUCCAAAGUAACACGUACGCGCCUCUUUUUAAAUUCAGCUGAAGUACUGAAGCAUUGCGGCUGAUGCGCUCCUAUAAAGCAAUGCGUUAGAGUGCGUGGAUUGUACACGGCUGGAGAGUUCUCACUAAAUUUACAUCCAUAUUUUUUCUAUUUCUUUUACAAGAUUUAAAGGAAAUGGGUUUCAAAUGUCUUUUUUUUCAUAUGGCACUUAAAAGUCUGUAGCCUACCUCAGACAAGCUACCUUUUUCAAUGGAAUUUAAAUAUAUUUAAAGAAUGGCACGAGUGUUAUUAGAUAUGUGUCCUUGUUUUAAAUUAUUUGCUUUUCUGUGCGAAACAUAACUGAUACCCGAGGGGACUCUUGCAGCCGAGAAAUCCGUCAGACCCUGACAUGAAGAUUGCCGCAUUGAAAGCAAGGAGCUUCUGCCUGGACCCGCAAUACAUCGGGUAGUCUGCAUACUGAGCUGCGGAGUUUAACUCAUAAUAGAUUAGUGUCUUCAAUUAAAGAGGGCGCCUCGUUUUUAUUUAUAUCAUAAAUAACAAGUGCCACAGAGGAAGACAAGUACGUGUACGGUCGGUGGGGGGAAGGAAGGAGAGGAGCUGGAUUUUUGGGAGGGGGUCUGCGCAUCGGAACACAAAACGCAGCGGGCAGACAGUUAAAAGGAAGACCCAGAACAGAAACACUGGGACACGGAGGUGAUUGGCUGUCCCAGUCCUGCUGCAUCAUGGGUAACCUCACAGGCAGGAAUAUGCACCACCCCACAGGCUCCUAUUUGGAUCUGUUCCACACCCCUCCAACAACGCCGGUCAUUCCUGAUCAGCGCGGGAUGCUGGUGUCUCCGUCAGCAGGCGCAGGGCAGCAGGAUGCACACACAGUGGGAUCUGAGGGCUCGCCUGUCGGCGGAGGGACCCCGCAGGUCUGGGCUGCGGUCAGUCCAGAACGUGGCCGGAGACAGAUGGACAACGGAUGGACUCUGGGCUCGUCGAGCGACAGCGCCCCCCCCAGCCCGCGCUCAUCUUCCGCCCCUGUCACUCUCAUAAACUUCCCGACCAUGAUUCCUGUAAAGGUGGGAUCUCACGCCGCUCCCGGGACCCCAGUGAGCACUGGUUCGCACCCCACCCCGAAGUGGUCCCCCGGGGAAGGUGGACGAGAGGAGGGCGCUGGACAGGGAGGAACGGGAACGUCGCUGGAGGAGGUUUGUGUCACCACGGCGGAGGAGAUGCCACUGUGCACUGUGGCUCUGCUGGAGCUCUGUGGGAACUUAGCAGACCUGAGUUCGGGGGAGGAUGGGACAGUGGACCUGGCGGAUAUGCUCAGGCGGCUUUUGCAGGAGAGGGAGGAGCUUGUGAAGAAGGUGCAGAGUCUUACGGAGACCUUGGAGACGGAGCGUAGUGAAUGGCUGCAGUUCCAGGCAGACCUGCAGGUGGCGGUCACCGUGGCCGAUCGCUUGCGCGUGGAGGCUGAGCAGGACCUCUGCAUGCUCCGGGAGAGCCAACAGCAUCACCAGGAAGCAGUCCUGGAGUUGGAGGCACAGAGAUCUGCCCAUCAAAACCUCUGCCUAGAACAAGAGGCUUUAAGGGCUGCCCACCGAGAUGCCUGCUUGGAGCUAGAGGCCCAGAAGGCAGCCAGCCACAAUGCCCGUAUGGAACUGGAGGCACAGAAAGCAAAGCAGAAAGAUGUCUGUGUGGACCUGGAGGCACUAAGGGCAGCACACCAAGAUGUUUGCCUGGAACUAGAGACGCUAAGAGCUGCAAACCGAGAUGCCUGCCUACAGCUGGAGGCCCAGAAGGCGGCUCAUCGAGAUGCCUGCUCAGAGCUGGAGGCCCAGAAGGCGGCUCAUCGAGAUGCCUGCUCAGAGCUGGAGGCCCAGAAGGCGGCUCAUCGAGAUGCCUGCUCAGAGCUGGAGGUCCUGAAGGCAGCACACCGAAAUGCCUGCUUGGAGCUGGAAGCCCAGAGGCACCUGCAAGUGAAGGGGCAGCUGGACCUGCCAAGACAGGGAGACGGGCCACCACCGUCCAGGCAGAGGGUAAGCAUGGAGGAACAGAUGCAUGGGGAAGCAGAGUGGCAGACUGAGAAACUGGAAGGUGAGGACCAGGGACACGCCGCAGAGGGCUCCCAGAAAAGGGAGCGACCCACUCCGGAAGGCGAAGCAUGGAAAGAUGGGCUCCCUCAGACUGCAGCGACUGAUGAAUGCAGGCAAGAGGAGCGCUGGCUCAGGAAGGACCCCCGGAGGAUAGUCAUGGUGCUGGAGAGGUCCAGGAGUCUCUCCAGACUUCCAUUGCCGUCAGACCCCCCUUCUUCAUCGAGUGGUAGCUCCCAAUCCUUGGUCACUACAGUAGGAGCCCUGAGUAAGGUGAGCUCACUGCAUGCACUGUGGAGGUGUAUCAGCUAAAAAUAACUUCAUCAUAUUGCAGCAUGUAUUUUCGGCACAUGGACCAUGGACAGGGAGGUGGCUAGAAUAAUGUAUUUUACUGAUCUUAACUGAUCUAAAGACCCCCCCACCCCAAAAAAAGGGGUG